UAUGGUCUGUACUCCGCCUUCAUGGGGUGCUUCGUGUACAUGAUUUUCGGCAGCUGUAAGGACAUCACCAUUGGACCCACAGCUAUUAUGGCCAUCAUGACUCACGAGUACUCAGGCAGCGGUGGCCCUGAAAAUGCUGUGUUGUUGUGUUUCCUCAGUGGUCUCAUAAUUUUCGCCUCAGGAUUGUGUAACUUGGGUUUUCUUAUCAACUUCAUAUCAAAGCCAGUGAUCUGUGGGUUCACCUCUGCAGCAGCCAUCUCCAUCGCUUCCUCCCAGAUCAAGGGCCUAUUUGGGUUGAAAUAUUCGAGCGAAGGCGUCUUAGAGACUUGGGAAAAGCUUUUUGAAAAUAUUGAAGAUAUGAGAUGGCAAGAUUUGACGCUUGGACUAUGUUGUAUUGUCGUCUUGCUCCUAAUGAGGAAAUUAAAAGACUUGAAAGUUGUGAAAGUGAAGGCAACUGAUGGUAAGGGGAAGAGAAUUUUGAAAAAACUAGCCUUUCUGACAUCUGUGGGUCGUAAUGCCUUAGUUGUGAUUUCGGCCUUAUUAAUCGCCUAUUGUGUUGAUAAUGAUCAGCCCUUCACCCUAACAGGAGAGAUAAAGCCUGGUUUACCAUCAUUCCAGCUGCCACCGUUCUCCAUGACCAUCAACGGCACUUAUUACAGCUUUAGUUACAUGAUGGAGAAUGUUGGAGCCGGUGUUAUUAUAAUCCCCAUGAUUUCUAUCCUGGAGAGCAUUGCCAUUGCCAGUGCUUUUUCUGGUGGCAAGACUAUUGAUGCCACACAGGAAAUGUUUGCCUUAGGAUUAUGCAACUUCCUUGGGUCAUUUCUUCAGUCAAUGCCAGUGACUGGGUCAUUCUCCCGAACUGCUGUUAAUUCCACCAGUGGAGUCAGGACCACAGCAGGAGGCGCCAUAACUGGUGUGCUGGUUAUGUUGGCAUUAGCUUUUCUUACAUCUUCCUUCAAAUACAUUCCUAAGGCAUCCCUCUCUGCUGUCAUAAUCUGUGCUGUGAUAUUCAUGGUGGAGUAUGAAAUGGUCAUUCCAAUUUGGAAGGCAAGACGCAUUGACCAGCUGCCUCUGUGGGGGUCUUUCCUCACCUGUCUCUUUUGGAAGCUUGAGUAUGGCAUCCUGGUGGGGGUGCUCAUCAACCUGUCUAUCCUCCUCUAUGGUAUUGCACGACCAAAAGUUGAUGUUAAUGUUACCAAGAUACAGGUGAUUACUUCAAAAUUCCUUACUAAUUUUUUAGAAGAAAGGUUUUUAUUUAUCAGAUAUUAAUUGAAACUUCUCAGGUGCAUACAAUGAAACUGAAGUCAGUCAAAUUUAUAAUCAAAGGAUAAAAAAGAACUUACAGAGCUACAGCUACAAAUAUUGUACAGGACAGUGAAUUCUACGUGAAAAUAAUACCACAACAUGGAGUUUUAUAACAGCAGUACACUAAAGAUAUCAGAUCCUCAACAUACCGAGCACAAUCAAUCUGUUUUUAAAUGAAUCACGUUCACUUAAUUGUUUAAGGCACUCACAUUAUGGUAAACUCUUGCAGUAAUGUCUGAAAACAGUACUAACACCAGAAAUAGUUUACAUAUUUUUUUCAUUAUUUCGCAAUAUGUUCCUAUUAUUAUAGCAAAUAUUUUAAGAGAGGCAACAUUUACUAGAACUUAAUAGAACCUGAACUUACCAACCAUACCAAAGAAACCUACCUAACUUCCUAGCUUGGGG